AUGCUGUUGCAUAUCCCGACGACAACGACGAGUAGCAGGAGCCAGGCUGCGAACGGGAGUAAUACGACUGUGAAUGCUCCGAGGAGAGCCAAUGUCGCCUUUAACGAAAUUGAUGGGGAGCGUAGACGAGUUGCAGAGUAUACUGGAGCAUUUAACAUUGUUGUCGAGUCUGGAGCCAUCUACUCCAUCAUCCUGGCUAUGGAACUCAUGCUUUACUCUCUGGGACAAAACUUUAUCUUUGUCCUCUAUACGAGCAUGGCGCAGAUUACGGGCAUCGCACCGACGGGGAUCAUUGUCCUCGUCUUGCUGGGUCGCACCCUACGGCAUUCGAAUCGAAGCGUCUCUGCACCCUCGAGCCACCGCCAUCAACAAUCGAUCACCAAUAUUUCAUUCGCUCCCACUGGCAGUGGACACGCGAGGGGCGCUCGAAAUUUCAAGUUUUUUGGCUCGCGACGGCCAGGGAGUAGUGGGCGUGGACGCGAUGGUGCCGACAACGAUGUCAUCUCAUUGGACUUGGAUAUUACUCAUCGGAAUCGUCGUGCGGUGGAUGAGGAGAAUAGUCCCGGGAGUGCAGCUAUCAAUGGCAGUUACUCACCCGACGUCAAGCGUAGUUCGGGAUACGACGAGACGUGUGAGAGUUCGACGCCAUUUGGAAGCGCCAUUGCUGUUGCUGUUAGUGAUGGCGAUCGGGAUCGUAAACCAUCAUUCUCAAAGACACGGGGCGGUGCGGCUCCGACAAAGAUUGAGAUUGACGUGCGGACAGAGCAACAAGUGCUCGAGUCGCGCGUGGGCGGUCGAGGAGGGUAUACGUACCCUGAGACACCGAAUCUGGAUGUGGAUUCGACUCAACGGACGUGGGAGACACAUUCGCCUCCUCGUUCCCCACCACAGUCGCGGAACCCAUACGCACAACCUCCAUCAUCACAACCUCUCGUAAACGCACAAACACACGCACCGCAAUCACCAACGCGAGUGCAUACACCGCAAUAUCAUCGUCCGAACCUGCAAGCCAGACGAACGACGAGUGCGCAGGAGAGCCCAUCAUUCGAAACGAAUCAGGGCGCGACGCGUGGGGAGGAGGAGAGCGGUGGGUAUGGUGGAACAGUCGUUGACAGGAACCCGUAUUUGAGUCCACAUGGUGGAGAUUGGAGACCGGUAGAUGGGAAUACGGAUUGGAGACCUGUUGGAAACGGGCAGGACGAUUGGCGGCAUGCUGGUGCAUAA